UUAACUGAUUAUUAUUAUUUUUUGAAAGUCCGAAGACACGUCGUCGAGUCGUUUGUGCAGCUCUUGUUUCAACAGCGUGAAAAAAUGGUGCUUGACUUGGACUUGUUUCGGACGGAAAAGGGUGGAAACCCUGACCGAAUUCGUGAAAACCAAAAGAAACGUUUUAAAGAUCCGAAAUUGGUGGACCAAGUCGUCGACGCUGACAGUAAGUGGCGACAGCUGCGUUUCAAGGCGGAUAAUCUAAACAAGUUGAAAAACCUCUGCAGCAAAACCAUUGGUGAGAAGAUCAAAUCCAAGGAACCGCAGCCCGCCGAUGGUGGUGAAGUCGCGUCUGAUUUCGAUUUGGACGCGAUCACAGUCGACGUUUUGAAACCGUUAUCGGUUGAACAAAUCAAAAAAGUGCGCGUACUUAUCGACGGUGCCUUAAUUCAAAACGAUAAAGAUCUGCUUGAUGUAGAGAAAACAAGAAACGAUUCAUUUAAAGAAAUCAGUAACUUUUUGCAUGAAUCGGUUCCGAUAAGCAAUGACGAAGAAGAAAACGCUAUUGUUGCCACUGCCGGAGAUUGUACGAUUAAGAAAAAGUAUUCUCAUAUAGAUCUAAUUCACAUGAUCGACGGUGUAGACGCUGAGGCAGGAACUACAGUAUCAGGCACUCGAGGAUAUUAUCUCAAAGGUCCAGCUGUGUUUUUACAAACUGCACUUGUUCAAGAAGCCUUACGCCGAUGGGAUGACAAGGGAUACAAACCAUUGUAUACACCAUUUUUCAUGAGAAAAGAAAUUAUGCAAGAAGUUGCUCAACUUGCUCAGUUUGACGAGGAAUUAUACAAGGUAAUUGGUAAAGGUAGUGAAAAAGUUGGUGACCAUAUUUUAGAUGAAAAAUAUUUGAUCGCGACUUCUGAACAACCAAUAGCAGCACUUCAUCGUGACCAAUGGUUACCUGAAGCUACUUUUCCUAUUCGCUAUCUUGGAGUUUCAACAUGUUUCCGACAAGAAGUUGGAUCUCAUGGUAGGGAUACAAGAGGAAUAUUCAGAGUACAUCAAUUUGAAAAAGUUGAACAAUUUGUUUUAACUUCUCCUUUCGAUAAUCAAUCUUGGAUUUUAUUUGAUGAAAUGAUUAAUAAUUCAAAACAGUUUUAUGAUGAUUUAGGUAUUGCUUACAGAGUUGUUAACAUUGUGUCAGGUGCAUUGAACCAUGCUGCAGCCAAGAAACUUGACUUAGAAGCAUGGUUUCCAGGAUCUGGAGCAUACCGAGAAUUGGUAUCUUGCAGUAAUUGUUUAGACUACCAAUCAAGAAGGUUACUUGUGCGAUAUGGCCAAACUAAAAAAAUGAAUGAAAAAGUUGAUUAUGUGCAUAUGUUAAAUGCUACUGCAUGUGCUACAACCAGAGUGAUUUGUGCUAUUUUGGAGACUUAUCAGACCGAAACAGGUAUCAAAGUGCCAGAAAUAUUGAAAAAGUAUUUGCCAACCAGAUAUCAAGAUGAGAUACCAUUUGUGAAAUCAGCCCCCAUCGACGAAGAAGAUACAAAAAAACAAAAAAAGCAGAAAGAAGGAAUGAAAAAUAAAAAAUAACUCAUUUUAAAUAUUUUAAUAUUUACCUAUGUAUUUUUUUUUUAAUUGUUCAACUUUCUAUGCAUCAAUAAAAGUGUUUGAUUUUA